UGCACCGUCCUGGAGGCUCCGCCCGGCAAAAACGCCUGCCCCCAACAUGCAGGCAAGGUGGCAGAGCUGUACUGUUCGGCCUGCGAGUGUGCGCUGUGUGAGGACUGCGUGCCGGGCCACCAGGAGCACCCUAAGGUGCCCCUCAGCCAGGCCCUGGAGCAGCAUCGCAGCAGCCUGCAGGAGAGGCUGGGGGCCAUCCAGAACAGACUCCCUCAGAUAUCAGACUCCCUGUCCUUCAUUAAGGAGAUCCUCCAACAGCUGACCAAUCAGAGGGCUUCUAUCGAAGAGGACAUCCAGUCGAGCUUUGAGGAUCUACACAAGCAGCUGGACGUCCGGAAGAGUGUCCUGCUGAUGGAGCUGGAGGUCACAUAUGGACUCAAACAGAAGGUCCUCCAGGCCCAGGUGGACAGCCUUGCGCGGGGAGAGGGGGACCUCUUGGCCUCCUGCACCCAGGCGGAGGAGGCUCUGGCUGGGGAGGCGUGCGUGGCGAGCCUGCAGGUGGAGCAGGAGCUGCAGGAGAAACUGGGGGAGCUGGCCGGCCUCGGCCUACCGUGCCAGCCGGAGGAGAACGACCAGCUGGAUCUGCUGAUGGAGACAGACGGUCUGAGGAAGUCCAUACACAACCUGGGCACCAUCGUCACCACCAGUGCGGUGGCGAGCCAGAGCGAAGCCAUGGGCGCCGGCCUAGAGCAGUGCGUUGUGGGACUUCCUGCCUCAGUUACCAUAGUGACAAGAGACAAGUCAGGGGGAGCCUGCAAGAGUGGCAAUGCAAUCCUAUCAGCUGAGGUUUUCACCCCAGAUGGCAGCAUAGUGGACGGGGAAAUACUGGACCACAAAAAUGGGACUUACGAGUUUGUGUACACAGUGCCGAAGGAGGGCAACUUCUCAUUGGCUCUCCGUCUGUACGACCAGCACAUCAAAGGAAGCCCCUUCAAACUGACCGUCAACAGGAUGUCAGAGACGGAGGUGGAGGUGUCCCCCUCCACCACCACGGCAACCAACUCGGCAGCCUACGCCACCCCGUCCACAGGCUCCUCUGAGGGGGCAAAGAGACGAGGGAAGUCCCCCGGCCAGAAGAAGAAGGGCUCCAAGAGGGCGAGCAGCGCCUUGGGCACCCCGCGACGCAAAACCCAGAACCCCAUCGAGGACGACCUCAUCUUCAGGAUCGGAACAAAGGGGAGGAAUAAAGGGGAGUUCACCAACCUUCAAGGAGUGGCGGCUUCCUCCAGUGGCAGGAUACUGAUCGCUGACAGCAACAAUCAGUGUGUGCAGAUUUUCUCAAACGACGGGGAAUUCAAGAGUCGUUUUGGGGUGCGGGGUCGUUCGCCGGGGCAGAUGCAGCGUCCCACAGGCGUGGCCGUGCACCCCAGCGGUGACAUCAUCAUCGCCGACUAUGACAACAAGUGGGUCAGCAUCUUCUCCAGCGAGGGCAAGUUCAAGGGGAAGCUUGGCUCCGGCAGACUCAUGGGGCCGAAGGGCGUGUCCGUGGACGAGAACGGUCAUGUGAUCGUAGUUGACAACAAAGCGUGCACCGUCUUCAUCUUCCAGCCGACCGGCAAGCUCAUCACCAGGGCGGUACAGCACCGUUACCAGCAGUUUGCAGGUCCCCACUUUGCAGCAGUGAACAAGAACAACGAGAUCAUCGUGACUGACUUCCAUAACCACUCUGUCAAGGUUUUCACCCCAGAGGGAGAGCUGGUGUUGAAAUUUGGCUCUAAUGGUGAGGGAAACGGCCAGUUCAACGCUCCCACUGGGGUAGCGGUGGACAUCAAUGGGAACAUCAUCGUAGCUGACUGGGGCAACAGCAGAAUACAGGUGUUUGACGGCAGCGGCUCCUUCCUCUCAUACAUCAACACCUCAGCUGACCCUCUCUACGGACCCCAAGGUCUUUCUCUGACCUCAGACGGACACGUGGUAGUGGCUGACUCGGGGAACCACUGCUUCAAAGUCUACCGCUACCUGCAAUGAUGGAGGCUUGGACGGAGUAAGGAAACCACGGAUGGAGGGAGCAGUAGUUGGAAUGAAGAGAUAUGGUGCACAAUGUCAAAUUCUAGGAAUAAUUGCAUGAACCUCUACCUUCUGCCUGUAACAAUGAAAGAAGAGAUGGAUAGAAAAGAGGAGGAACUAAAGAAGGAUCAGCCAUCAAUACGACAUUAGACCAUAACAAAACAA